AACAGUACCUCUCACUACAACGCCGGGACAUGGGGCAUAGUCCAGGGCCAGCUGAGGCCCCUGCUGGCCCCGCGGGUGUACACCCUGCCCAUGGUGCGCUCCAUCGGGAAAACCAUGGUGCAGGGCAAGAACUACGGCCCACAGAUCACUGUGAAGAGGAUAUCCACCAGAGGUCGGAAAUGCAAGCCCAUUUUUGUACAGAUAGCAAGGCAAGUGGUGAAGCUGAAUGCGUCCGACCUUCGCUUGCCCUCCCGUGCCUGGAAAGUGAAACUGGUGGGAGAAGGAGCUGAUGAUGCAGGUGGAGUGUUUGAUGACACUAUCACAGAGAUGUGUCAGGAACUGGAAACUGGAAUAGUAGACCUACUUAUCCCUUCCCCAAAUGCUACAGCUGAAGUAGGCUACAAUAGAGAUAGGUUUCUGUUUAACCCUUCAGCAUGUCUAGAUGAACAUCUGAUGCAGUUUAAGUUCUUGGGCAUUCUCAUGGGUGUAGCUAUUCGUACAAAAAAGCCAUUAGAUCUUCAUUUGGCUCCAAUGGUCUGGAAGCAACUUUGUUGUAUCCCACUCAUCUUGGAGGAUUUGGAGGAGGUAGAUCUGCUCUAUGUGCAGACCCUCAACAGCAUUCUUCACAUUGAAGACAGUGGGAUUACUGAAGAAAAUUUCCAUGAGAUGAUUCCUUUGGAUUCUUUUGUUGGCCAAAGUGCUGAUGGAAAAAUGGUUCCCAUAAUCCCUGGAGGGAACAGUAUCCCACUUACCUUUUCAAACAGGAAAGAGUAUGUGGAGAGGGCAAUUGAGUACAGACUCCAUGAAAUGGACCGUCAGGUGGCUGCUGUCAGGGAAGGAAUGUCCUGGAUCGUUCCUGUUCCUUUGCUGUCUCUCCUGACUGCCAAGCAGUUGGAGCAAAUGGUCUGUGGAAUGCCAGAAAUAUCGGUCGAGGUUCUGAAGAAAGUCGUGCGCUACAGAGAGGUGGAUGAGCAGCAUCAGCUGGUGCAGUGGUUCUGGCAUACCCUUGAAGAAUUUUCAAACGAGGAGAGAGUCCUUUUCAUGAGGUUUGUGUCGGGGAGAUCUCGAUUGCCAGCGAACACAGCUGAUAUCUCUCAGCGGUUCCAGAUCAUGAAGGUUGAUAGGCCUUACGACAGCUUGCCUACCUCACAGACUUGUUUCUUUCAACUGAGGCUCCCACCCUACUCCAGUCAACUCAUCAUGGCAGAGCGUUUGCGCUAUGCAAUCAACAACUGCAGGUCUAUAGACAUGGACAAUUACAUGCUCUCACGGAAUGUGGACAAUGCAGAGGGCUCAGACACAGAUUAUUAACAUUCUGUGAAUAAAAUCAUCUUCCUCUUACUACAAAUAGUGCCCCAAGUCCAAUUCAUCAUUGACAUAAUUUUACAGUAACCAUAGAUGUUUUAGGAGCAUAAAACCAGACAUUAAUAGAUGGUGGCCACAUUUUAGUUACUCUAAAUGUAACAAAAAAUUAGAUGUUUUUAUUUUUUUGUGAUUGUAAAAAAGAAAAAAGGAAAAACGAAACAAAAAAUAUGGGUAAGUUUUAUUCUUAUUUUUUGGUCACUUUUGAUAAGUUUGCAUGGAGACAUUUUGGUGCAUUUUUGUUGGGAAUAGUCCAUUUGUAAGCCCUCCCAGUGAACAUGAAGAGUUGUACAUUGUGUAUAAUUGUUCAUUAGCCAGGACAGUUUUACAUGAAUAUUCACAUAUUUAUUUUGUUUUAAUUUGGAUUGCCUGUGCAGGGUUCCUUAAGCAGAGAAAAAUAAAGCAAAUCCAAGAAUCA